AGAGGCAGGUGUCCUAGUACCAACCCAAAUCUGGACCAGAUGUUUUUAAUCCUCUCUCUAGAACUACAGAGUAAUUCAUAACUGUCAUAGCGCGUAAGGCGAGUUUUGUGGUUAGGAGAAUAGCCUUUGUUGCUCAAGAAGUCAAAACUAUUAAAUAGUAUAAAUACAGAGAUCUAAACUCACUUUUCACUCACAGUAUUCUGAAACACUGGGAGAAUUUUUUUUUUAAAUUAUUAUUCUUGUCUCCUGCUGCUUGGAAGCUCGAGGCGCUCAAUUCUGGCUCAGCUGUUUCAAUAAAAUUAGGUUAGUUACUCCUCAAAAUAAGUCCUCAUUUCUGCCCUCCAACAUGUGGUGGAUGCUGUUUCCUCGCUGGAUCUGGUUCGUCUCGGGACAGAUUUUGCUGCUAUUUGUGGACAGGCAAUGCGCGAAAGGCAUGACUUUGCAAAGAGUUGCGUAUUCCCACGCAGGGAUCUGUCCAAACGACAUGAACCCAAACUUGUGGGUUGAUGCAAUGAGCACCUGCACGAGAGAAUGUGAAUCUGAUCAGGAAUGUGAAACGUUCGAAAAGUGCUGUGCCAAUGUUUGCGGCAAUCGCAGCUGUGUGGCGGCUCGCUACAUCGACGCUACAGGCAAGAAAGGGCCCAUGGGCAUGCCAAAGGAGGCGUCCUGUGACAAGUUCAUGUGCACUCAGCAGGGCUCCGAGUGUGAAAUCUGGGACGGCCAGCCUAUGUGCAAGUGCCGCGACCGCUGCGAGAGAGAGCCCCACUUCACCUGUGCCUCAGAUGGGAUGACCUACUACAACAAGUGCUACAUGGACGCGGAAGCGUGCUCCAAAGGCAUCUCCUUAUCAGUGGUGACGUGCCGCUUCCAUCUCACCUGGCCCAACACUAGUCCUCUCCCGGCAGGCACCACCGCAUUGCCCACCACCACGCUGCAGCGCACCACUCCUGUAGAUGUGCACGCUCCCGUCCUGGCGAACAGCCCAUCGCAGCAGUCUGUGUUCGUCGGCGACACGGCCAGCUUUCUUUGUGAAGUCGCUGGCCGGCCCAAGCCAGAGAUCACCUGGGAGAAGCAGAUGGACGGCCAAGGAAAAGUAGUCUUGAAACCCAAUCACGUGCAUGGGAACGUUGUGGUCACCAACAUCGGCCAACUGGUGGUCUACAACGCUCAACUGCAAGAUGCAGGCAUCUAUACAUGCAUAGCCACGAAUGCGGGCGGAUCCCUCCAAGCGCAUUUCCCACUAUCCGUAGUUGAGCGAGAGCCAGUCACGAAGUCGAACUCCACUCGUUUCCCGGCAGAGGAAUGCUUUAAGGUGCCUGAUGGCGAAGACUGUGGGGAGGAAAAGCUGAGUUGGUUUUACGACCCCCAGAGGAACAACUGCUUCACCUUCACCUACAGCAACUGCAGCAAAAACCGCAACCACUUCGACGCUUACGACACCUGCAUGUCGUCCUGUAGGGACGAACUCGCCGCUCCUUGUAACCUCCCCAUCUACCAGGGACCAUGCAAGGCAUACGAACCUCGCUGGGCUUACAGCGGAUCCCAGCGCCAAUGCCAACCAUUUGUAUACGGCGGCUGCAAAGGCAACGAGAACAACUUCAAAACCAAAGACGCGUGUUUGGAUGCCUGCCCGUUCCCAAGGAACCAUCACUGCAAGCCGUGCAAGCCGCGGCACAAGAUGGUGACCAGCUUCUGCAAAAGCGAUUUCGUGAUUCUGGGACGUAUGACGGAGCUGACCGAGGACCAGGACUCGGGCCACGCUCUGAUCACCGUGGAGGAGAUUCUGAAGGAUGAGAAAAUGGGGCUGAAGUUCUUUGGAAACGAGCCCUUGGAGGUGACGCUGCAGAACAUGGACUGGGCCUGUCCGUGUCCAAACGUCACCGCCUCCGACGGUCAGAUCAUCAUCAUGGGGGACGUCGACAACGGCAUGGCCGUCCUGCAGCCAGACAGCUUCAUCGUCCUUUCCAGCGUCCGUCGCGUCCGUAAGCUCCGUGAGGUCAUCAAUAAAAACACCUGUGACAUUUUGAAAGAGUUCAUCCAAUAGGACUUUUUCCAGAUGUCUGACGUCACAUAAAGUAACGAUUAAAUCGUUGUUCUGGGGUUCUGAGAAUCUGUCUUUUAUGUACAGCUUUUGUACCCAGACUGUUUGCUUUGACAAGGUUAGAUAUGUUUCUACAACUUGAAUAGAAAUGCUCACAUCAACUUGGAAGGUUUUUAUAAGAGUUGCCCUUACAAACCCAUCUGCCCACCCAAAAAUCCCACAAAUGCUGUGUCAUCUGAUGAUUUUGAUAAAUUAAAGUUUUUGUUUUUUUCUCUCUGUGCCUGGUUGACAGAGGAUUUGUUGUUGUUCCUAGUAAUUAAUUGACUGUUGUAUUAUAGAAUUAGAUUUGCUUAAUGUGCUUAGAUAAGUUGUAUAUUAUUGAAUAUAAGAUCAAUUUCAGCAGGAGAAAUAAUCCGUCUUUAAGGCUCACUUGUGUAUAGAACUGAGUGUAUAUGAUUUAGCACAGACUGCAUUUAUUUGAAGCUAUUUAUUUUAAUUUUUUUUAACCAAAAAGCUGACUGUCAUUUCUUACAAGCACUUAUGUAUUUCUACAAUUGUCUUUUUAUUAUCUUUCUAGUCGUCUGUCAUGAUUUGCAUUGUGAAGUGACACCAAAAUAAACCUUUGGAACUC